AUGUCCAAGCGCACCACAUUCACCACCAUCUCGCCGCUGCCCCCGGGCGUCACGCGGCAGGGCGUGCUGGACUUCCUGCACAACCACGCCGAGAUGAUCGACCUGAACCCGCUGGUCAUCGAGCGGCAUCCCAUCCCGCCGCCGGCGCACGCGCCGCCCGAGGAGGCGGCCUGCACCUGGUGGAGCAUGACGGACAAGAUCAGCUACAUGCCGGGCGUCAAGAGCGACCUGACGUACACGGCCGCCUUCCAGGACCGGCCCGACGGCCUGCAGACGCACUGCUACGCGCCCAUGGGCACGCACAUCCGCGAGCGCUGGAGCCUGGGCGGCACGCUGCCCGGCGAGCCCAAGCAGCCCGUCGAGCUCGGCCUCGGCGCCCCCAGCCAGGGCCUGUACAUCCGCGAGGACGUCGAGGUCCGCUGCAACUUCCUCAUGGCCGGCUUCGUCAAGAAGACCAUCCUCAAGGCCCACGGUGUGCUGGUGGAGCACCUGGCGAGCCGGGUCAAGACGGCCAGCAGCGCCGCGGCGCCGUCGCUGGGCCCGGGCGCAGGCCUCAGUCCCGGGAGCGCGUACCGCGGGGGGACGACCAGCACGCACUCCGGGAGUGGCGCGAGGUCGAGCUCGACGCACGAUGAGCGCAGGACCUCGUAUUACGGCAGCUCGGGCGCGAGCACGCCGCAGGGCCAGCCAGGAACGGCGUACCACCAGCAGCGGCCGAGCCACGGCCGAGUGCAGGGUUUCUACGGACACCAGAGAGCGGCGGCGAGCGAGACGGGGCUGGAGAAUGAUUCGGUGCAUACGCGGCAGUUGUCCGGGCAGUAUCAGCAACCCCACGGACUGACCGGAGGCUGGGGUGCACAUCAGCCAUACGUGCAUGAUCCUCAUAAACACUAUAGCCAGUGUCCGCAGCUGCCGCCCCUGGGUCAGCUCGGGAACGGGCAACACGGCGGCCAAGGCGGCUGGCCGAACGAGAAGCAGGGCCAGGGCCCCAGUGGCCCCGUUGCAGAAUUGAGAGGGAGCGAGACGCAUGUGGCGGAGUUGCAAUAG